GAGAGCUUUGACGGGAAGUUGCCAAACAGCAGGUCUUCCCUGUACAGGCACCCUUACACCGUGUCACCGUGUGUAUUAUCUUAUUAUCUACCAUGAAAAUAUGAAUUUCUUAUAUAUGUGCUCGAGUUGCUUCAUUGCUUAUGGUCUCUAUGAGUUUUUGUAUGGUUAUGGAUUUUGCUUACCGCACAGAACAAACAGGAACCUUUUUAAAUUCACUGGUAAAAAAAAAUAAUUAGGUACACUGGGCAUUGGAAUAUGUGAUUUACCUAAUUUUUAAGUAAUCUCUCGUCAUGGAGGCGAGACAGUUUUUCACGUGCUCCCUGAGCCCGCUUGUCGUUAAAACUUUUGCAAUCAAGUGGUCUGAAGAUGGCAGGUUGUCUGUUGUUACCAGGGAAGGUGUUCACAUCAUUGAAAUGAUUCCAGCUCCUGGACAAAGUCACCCUAUCCUCAACUUGCGCCGCUCAUUCAUUCAGAGUCCAAGUACGCUACCAUCCAAACGGUACAUGCAGGACGUGCUUUCAGCAAUUUUUGACUGGGAUAAAAAAGACGUCUACUCAUUUCUUAUGAUGGAUGCCCUUACGCCAAGUUUCCCAAAGGCCUCAAUACCUAUGACCGAAAUAUGUGACAUAUUCUGGUCACCUCAAGACCUACUCAACCCUCAUGCAUGCCUAAUUGCCCUGCUUACAUCAGGGGGAGGUGUCGAGCUUGCUGUUCAGAUCGACCUCAGCUGGUUUUCCAUUUGUAAUGUCAGUGAUGCCUGGGCUGAGGUGAUUGAGGCUGACUACGAAGCUGUAGAUAAUGCUGUUAAUUUUAAAGGUCAAACUAUAAAAAAUCAAGUUUAUCGACUUUUUGCAACUACCGCCACUUGGAGUUGCGCGUAUAAAACAGAUAAUGCUUGUUUUGCGUAUCUGGUCACUGCACAUAGGAAUUCAGAGCUGGCAAUCUGGAAAGUAAAAUCCGUUUUAAGCAGUGAAAUCCUAAAGAAAGAACAUCCAAGUACAAAGCUGGAGCUUAAAUUUAACAAGAAGCUAAGUAAUUCUUUUAACAAAAUAAGUAGCUUACUUUGGAUCCAACUGAGUGAGAAGCAACGCUGCCUAAUCAUCGUUGGCUUUUUUAGUGGUCUGGUGGGACUAAUCAAGCUGCGAAAACUGAAUACUGAGAUCCAAUUCGACUCUUACUCAACUUGUUACUCAGUGGAAGAUCUGAUUCCUGUUGACUUCCUUCACGUUUUGUGUAAAACGGAAAAGUGGCUUGAAUUCAUCGUUGUCAAAGGCAUGCAUAUAGUUACACUUGUCAUCGACAUUUAUGGCAGAAUCGUCAGCAUGAAAAACAUCUCUAGUCCAGGAUUUUCCAUCACAGGUAUAUCCAUCAUUAACUCCGAUAUGAUGUUAAUAACAACACAAGAUGGUCAAUUAUGUGAAAUCAGAAAAUCACACGAUCAGCAGGAUUUGAUCUGCACGCCAAUAAAGAUUGACAUGCCGAACGACUCUUUGCAGUAUCUUGGUCUCGCUGGUUCACCUAACAGAGUUCUGUUUACUCUCAUUACAAGUCCAAGCAUUAUGUACGACCAUUUAGUAGACCGUGAACCCAGUUCUAUUUUCUUUUUUAGUUUAAACGAUGUUUCGUCGUCUUUAAACCCCUUGUCAAUUGUAUAUGAAAAAGAGAAGUAUUUGCGAAAGUGCUGGGACUGUUUGGAAUUGAUCAAGGUCAACGUUUACCGGUACGACGAGCGACCGUCUAAUCUAGCCAGACUAAGUAUAGGUUUGAAAUCCAUGUCACCGUAUGAAUUACGCAUAGCACAUUGGAUUAUGACCAUAGCAGGAGGUAGGUACAAAAAGAAUGAUUCAGAAGAUUUCUCAAGAUUUAAUGUAGCAAUCACGCAAUCACGCUCCUACCUUUUUAUACACUCCGCAUGCAAUUAUCUUCACCUCCUUAUUCAACUAAGUAAUCUCACAAACCUGCAAAAGCUAUCUGCUAGUCUUCUCCGAAUGCAUCUUGAAAUCUGGUUGGCCGAAGAAGAAGAAGAAGAAGAAAAAGGCGUUAAGGAACUGCUAACGCAACGUGUCAAGAACACUCUUGAAUCAUUGGAAGAUAGACCUGAGCCCGAGAAGUGCAACUUCUGCAAUGAAAUAAUACUUGAACCAUGGUUAAAAAUCUGUCCUACGGGUCACAAGUUGCUUCGCUGUGCAAUUACUUGUCUGCAGGUGACAUGUGCUAGAUACCGUUCGUGCCUUGUUUGUCAUGAAAUUUUCCAUCCUUGCCUGGACGAGGAAGUGGUUGUGGCUGAAGUCAGAUGUCCAUAUUGUGAUCUUCCAGCAUGCUUCAAAAACGAAGUUAUCGAUGAAACACUUAAAUCAUCCUCAAAAAAUUUGUCAAAUCAGCUACUGUUGAUUUCUAAAGACUUAAAAUGUGACAAACAUGCUGAAAUGACCCAAUAAUACAAAAUCAAUAUUUUCAAAUACGCUAAGAUCAAGUCUUUUACUGUAAAUCAUGAGCCUUACUAAUGAAAAAUGUUACUAUUAACAAUUAUGCUAAAACUUUGUAAGAAAAUAACUACUUGCGACAUAAAAGUUGUGACGAGAAUUUUCCAGCCGAUAAACAGCCAUCCUGUAUCCUCUCACAAAAUCUCUUCUCUUACUUCGCUUAUCUUGUUCCUAUCCACUGGAUACGUUUCC